GCAUCUCCCAACAUUCAGAGCUUGCGACCCCAUCUUCUCAACACCAUCAACUUUUCUCUGCCAGUGGAGAUAAACUCUGAAACGCCAUGCCUUCCAACUGUCCCUCGACCGCGCACCCAGAUACAGCCGCAACCAACGUGAAUGCGCUUAUCUACGAGAAGUACGAGAACGCGCCAAAAGACGACUGGAACCGAUUACUCAAAUGCUGGGGCAUUGAAGACUGUGGAGAUUGCCAUCGUAGUAAUGGAUCUUGUGGAUGGUGUCCCAUCUCCUCAACAUGUCUUCCGUUGCCCAGGGAAAACUUCCUGGACAGAAUAUUCCCGCUAUUGACGCCAGUCCGUUACAAAGGCAUUUGUGCCCUCGGCUCGGAGCGUUUCGAGCUCAGAACUGGCGGCCUUGGAUGUCAGGUCUCAACGAUCACAUUCUUGACCGCGCUCGUCACCAUCUUCGCAACCAUCUUUGGACUCCUAGUCAUCUACGGCUUGGCGACUGUCACCAGAUGGAUCUACCUUGCCAUCAAAGGAGGCAACAACGGGUGGGUACAGUACGAAGACGGCACAGGCGAGAUCUGGGUCAGACAGGAAAGCUGGGGCAAGUGGUGGAGGAGGGUGACUGGACAGCAGAAAGAGUGUGAGUUCGAGGAAGUUGACGAGGGUACGAAUGAGAGGGGCUGGAACUGGUGGAGGGCAGCCAAGCGGAGCAUCAAUGGUUCAGCGGAUGAGGGUCGUCUGCGCCUGGAGUAAUUUGCGACGCGCUAUUUUGGUUGCCUUUGAUUACAGUAUUUGAUGAAGCGUACGAUCAGGUAUAGGCGCGCAGUUGCGAUCGAUAUUACGGUCCUCACCUUCACCUUCAACUUGAACACCUCAGCACACAACGUCAUCGUCGGCAAAGCGCGCUCUGAGCCCUUCUCUCACUUGCUCACACUUGCAUUAGUGGAUCCCUCCGCUCCGCGCCCGCAUGUAAUCUACACUUGAACCUCGCUGCAACCUUCCCUCUUCACCCACUUCCACGAUUCUCAC